UUUCCGACCACAAAAUGUCAACAACGUUGAAAAUGCACAGGCACAGCUUAUUUUCCCACAGUUUUAGAGAAGUGAUGAACCUCUUCAUGUUCGUACAAGUGUGGGGUUUCCAGCUUGGUGCAUCAGGAGUUUAUACAGACAGAGUGAUGGAGGGAGAUUCAGUCACUCUAAACACUGGUGUUAAAACAAACCAACAAGAAAAGAUUAAAUGGUAUUUUAAUAACACUCGCAUCGCUCAGAUCAAUGGAGAUCUCAGUAAGAUCUGUACAGAUGUUCAGUGUAAUGAAGGCACUGAGAGAUUCAGAGACAGACUGAAGCUGGGUCAUCAGACUGGAUCUCUGACCAUCAUGAACACCACAAACACACACUCUGGAGAAUAUAAACUGCAGAUCAUCGGCAGCAACACCAUCAGUGAAACAAUCUUUAGUAUGACUGUCCAUGAUGUUUCAGAUGUUCCUGGUGUAGAGACGAAUACCAAGUCAGUGAAGGAGGGGGAAUCUUUUACUUUAGAGCGUGGUGUAGUGAAAAACCCAAAUGAUGUGAUGACGUGGUAUUUUAAUGAAGCUCGCAUCGCUGAAAUCACUGGAGAUCAGUGUAAGAUCUGUACAGAUGUUCAGUGUAAAGAGAGAUUCAGAGACAGACUGAAGCUGGAUCAUCACACUGGAUCUCUGACCAUCACACACACCACAAACACAUACUCUGGAGAAUAUACACUACUGAUCAACAGCAGCAGCUUCAUCAUCUGCCGUCAGCAGAGCAUCAGCAUUAUCAAUGAAAAGAGCCUUAAUGGAACUGACACUAAUUGGGUUGUGGAUCUUACUAUAGGAGGAGCAUGUGUUGGUGUUCUGCUGGUGGUUGUAGGUGUAAUUGGACUGCGGCAUAAAAAAGCUUGCUUACAAAGGACGUUGCCUUUCUAAAUAAUCAAACAACUGGCCUUUAAUCGCACAGAGGAACAUACAGUGUCAUGUACAGUAUAUUAUAUGAAUAAUUGUAAUUUUCAGUGACUGUGAAGAAAAGAAAACCCUGGUAAUUGGUUAGUUCCAUUAAUAGAGCUAAGGUUACCAUACGAUUAAUAUAAUUUGCAGUAAAAUGUUACAAUUUAACAAAUAAUUGUAUAAUUUACGUGAAAAGACAUUAAGUGACAUUCCAUGAAUUUAGUGCUUGGCACUUUUUUCAGUUAAAAUGUUUUGGUUGUUAAAUGAAUGUUUACAGCAUUAUUUUAUUGUUGUGUGUUAUGAGCAGGUUUUGUGUUCUUAUACAUGACACUGUGCACUUUACAUAUAAAAGUAUUUACCUCAG